AUGAUAAGUUAAUCUGAAAUUUAAGAUAUAACUGGAACAUCUAAUGCUUUGAUAUAAUUAUCAAAUUGUAAAGUUGUCAUCUAAAACAUUUUAAUUUAAGGCCUUUAUGCCUUCCCUUUAAUUAAAUUGAUUAAUGUUUAACAAUUAUUUAUCUCUUAUUUUUAGGCAAUUGAAAUUCAAACAUUCUAUGGAUUCAGUCUAUUAGAAUUAAAACUAAAUUUGUAAAUAAAAUAAACCAUUUAUUUUGAAUUCGUAUAUAUUUAACACUUUAAACCUUAUAUAGUUAGAGAUGCUUCAAUCUUCUACAAUCCUAAAAUGAAUUAUAUGAUUUCAGGAUGCGGUUAAGUUGAAAAUAUUUAAUAGAAUCCUUAGAUUUAUUAUUUUAAUGAUAUCAUUAAUCUUAUGUAAACUUGGCAAUUGAGCUCAAUAAUAGAAAUUCAAACUGAUUCAAAUUAGACGGUUAUAUAUCUUUAAAAUAUCUUAUUAUAGGAUAAUUAAUGUGAGUUCUGUUCAAAUGGACUAUUAUUUUUGAAAAUGGUUAACCAUAGUACACUGAUAAUUAGAGACCUUAUUUGUAAUGAAAAUUCGAUAUAAAAAUAUGGAUGUAUAAAUAUUUGGAAAUCUAAUGAUAAAGACCAAUAUAGCAUGAUUUCAAAUUCUAUUUUUUUUCAUAAUAAUGGCAGCACAGGUAGUGCUUUAUAUUCAUCUAACAUGUAAAUGACAAUUAAUUAAUGUAAAAUAUUAAAAAAUAGAGCCAGUUUUUAAGGUGGCGGUUUACAUUUAGAUAUGAAGAAUAGAAAUCUGAUGAUUAAAAAAUCUACAAUAAUAUAUAACUAAGCAAAGGAAGGAGGUGGAAUAUUUAUGUUAAAUGAUGGCAAUAUCAAUUAAAAUAACUUCAUUUAAUCAUUCUUACAUUUCAACUUAGCAGAUUAUUUUGCAAAUAAUUUAGUUGAAUUCCCAACUCAUUUAAGCUUAGUAAUUAAUUCUUAAGAAAUGCAAUCAGAAGAACUUAUUAUUAAUAACAUUACUUUAAGAAGCCUCAAGCUUAACCCUUAUAUAAUUAUAGAAUAAGGGAUUAGAAAAAUUAGCUCAUAUUUGAUGGUACCAAGUAAUUAAGUGGUAAAAGAUUAUUAAUUUUUUUCAUCAGGAAAGCAAAAGUAUAUAUUUAAGGAAUUUUCAAUAUCAAUAAAGAAUAGUAGAAACGAAUUUUUAUUUAAUAUACAGCAAUUUUCUUGUUAAAUUUCAUAUAAAACUGUUUAAAUGAAUUAACAAUAUUAAUUAAAAGAUUUUAAAAUGAUUUCUACCCUUCAAGCCGAUAUUAGAAACAAUAAUUUUGAUUUAGGAUCUAUUUAAUUUCAUUUUAAUCCCUAUCAUGAAGAAAAUCAAAAUUUAUUAAUAUUAAUAAAUUGCUCAUAAUAAAAUUCAACAGAAUAUUUACAUUAUUUAAUCAAAGCAAGAACUUAUAAAUGUUAAUUAGGAGAAUUCUAUGUUGAUGAAGGAUGUUAAAUUUGUGAGUCAAAAUAUGGAUUUUAUUCAGUAACUUAUAAUGCUACAAAGUGUUCAGUAUUUGAUAAAACUAAAUUUGCAAAUAUCACUUCUCAUGCUAUUUAAUUAUUAGUAGGUUAUUGGAGACCACAUUCUUACUCUGAUAAUACCGAUUUUUGUUUCAAAAAUUUUGAAUUUUGUAGAGGAGGUUGGUAAGUUGGAAACGAACUUUGUAGUAUAGGACAUAUUGGAGGAUUGUGUGAGGAAUGUGAUAACCAUAAUAUAAGAGGGUAAGGAUAAUUUUUUAAGAAUUAAUAAGAUUCUAUAUGCUAUGGUUGCUCUGAUACAGCCAAUUAUAUCGUAUCAUUUAUUUUUGCUUCGCUUUGGUAUAAAUAUUUAAAACUAUUUAAGGGCUUUAAUUUCUAUUAUAAUUACCUUAAGAAGCAUUGAGAAAUCAAAUUAAUUAUUUACAACACUUAAGCUUAAGCUUAAACCAAAAUAUAGUAAAAUCUUAUUUAAAUUAGAUUAAGGUAAUAUUAUAUUGUUAAAAAUUUAGAUUUAGAAAGUAUUUUCAUUAAGAUUUUGCUUAAUUAUUUAUGGAUUUUUUCAGUCAUAUUUACUUUUAAUUUAAAGUUUUCGCUAUCUUUUUCUAUCAUUGAUUAAUUUAGUAAUACUUCAUAAUUCAUGGCAUUCAGUCUCGAUUGUUAUUUAUCAGAUGCUUCUUAAAUUGAACUACUUUAUCUCAGGAUCAUUACUACUUUAGGAAUAUUACUCAUAUAAUUCAUCAUAAUUUAAGUUGGAUUAAAAGUUUAUUAAUUAUUUAUUAAACAAAAGUUUGAUAAAAGCAUAAUUUCGAAUACAUUAUUAUACCUAUAUGUUUCAAAUUAUGCUGGACUGAUUAAAUAGUAAUAAGUUCUUUAUAAUUAGAUUUUGUUCUAUUUUGUCAAAAAGAAUAAUCUCAAACAAUCAAUAUAUAUAAGGCGAUCUGACUCUUAUAUUUGGCUCGUAAAAUCAUUAUUAAUGGAUAUAUUAUUUUGCCAUACCUGGACUUGGAAUAUUUGGAUGUUGUAUUCCUUUUUCUUUGUUUUUCUUAAUGCUUAUUAAUAAAAAUAAGCUUGAACACAUCAAACUUAGAAGACAUAUUUGCUACUUAUUCAAUGAAUACAAUGAAAAAAGCUAUUUUUGGGAAUAAAUCAAAUUAUCAAAAAAGACAGUUAUUAUACUUAUUAUGACAUACUUUGAAUCCAAUAUCCUACUAAAAGCUUCUUUAUUGGGAUUAGUUUUAUUAGUUUAUUAAUUAUUAGCUGGAAAACAGCAACCCUAUAUUAUAUCAAGCUUAAAUAACCUAGAUCUCUAAACAGGAUAAAUUUGUUCUAUUGCUAUUUUUGUUGCAACUGCCAAAUAUGUUAGCGAAAAAGAAAUUGAAAAUUCCUAUUCUGAAAUAUUACAAGUUGUUAUUAUGCUUCUUUGUUUAAGACUCUGUUAUCCAUUUUUUUUGGAUAUCUUUAGAGCAUACAUUAAAAAAUAUAAGGUAAAUUUGGAUUAAUAAAUUAUUUAAUAUCUAAAAAUUUAUUAAUCCAAAUUCAAGGAUGGCAAAUCAUUUAGAUAAUAUAUUAAAAAAUUGGAGAUUGAAAGAAAAUAGAUUAAGAACAAACUUUUCCAUUUUAAAACUACAUUUGCUAACUAUUUCAAAGGCAUAAAUUAAAAAUCAAAAGUAAUUAAAAUUCUAUUAUUUAGAUCACAUCUAACUAUUACUGA